AUGGGCUACACGAAGGAGUUGAAAAAGAGGAAGAAAGCGAUAAUUAUUGGCGCCUUGUCCGUCUCCGUUGUUGUCAUCAUCCUGGGGCUGGGACUGGGCCUUGGACUGCAGCUACAAAACUGUCGGCAAAACGACGUUCCGCCCCGAUUCUCCUGCAAAGACCACUGCUAUGAGCCGUACAGUGAUGAAUCUCCAGGGUGUCGCUGCGACGCUCAAUGUGUCUCCAGUGGCACUUGCUGCUACGACUUUGAGGACAUCUGCCUCCUACCCACUCAGCAGUGGGAGUGCACUAAACUACGCUGCGGUGAAAAGAGGAUCCAGGACAGCAAGUGCCAUUGCUCCAGUGACUGCCUGGGACAGGGAGACUGCUGUACCAACUUCAAAAUUGUCUGCCAAGGUGAGACCGAGUGGAAGGAUGAUGUGUGUGAGGAGAUGGUAGCUCCAAAAUGCCCACCAAGCUUCUCGAGGCAGCCGCUGCUCCUGGUCUCUUUGGAUGGGUUCCAGGCUGAGUACCUGACAACGUGGAGCAAAAUCAUACCGGUCAUAGACAAACUGAAGAACUGUGGGACUUACGCACCAUACAUGCAGGCUGUGUUUCCUAGCAUGACGUUUCCCAACCACUACACAAUCGUUACGGGGUUGUACGCGGAAUCCCACGGCCUAAUCGACAACAAUAUGUACGACCCGGUCUUCGAUGCUUCCUUCAGCCUGUCAAACAGCGAGAAGUCCAACCCUAGAUGGUACCUUGGCCAACCUAUCUGGCACACUGCUAUGAAUGAGGGACUAAAAUCAGGAACAUAUUUCUGGCCUGGCUCAGAUGUCAAGAUCAACGGACAUUUUCCCGAUAUAUACAAAGACUAUGAUGGAAAGGUGCCCUUUGAAGAACGGGUGUUUGGAGUCCUGCAGUGGCUCAGGAUGCCUGAGGAUACAAGGCCCGAUUUUUACACUCUUUACCUGGAGGAGCCGGACAAGUCGGGGCACAGCUUUGGGCCUGUCAGCGGCGGGGUCAUUGAGGCCAUCCAGGGAGUCGAUAGGAUCAUCGGUCAGCUGAUGAACGGACUCAAGCAGAUGGACCUCCACCAGUGUGUCAACAUAAUUAUUGUAGCUGAUCACGGCAUGGAGGAAACCAGCUGCGACCGCAUGGAGAUCCUCGAGGACAUGGUUGGAAAUAUAAAUCACCUGCACGUGAACCAGGGGGCUUUUGGCAGAAUCAGGUCGCAAAACAAAGACCAGACUUUGAAUUCCGCAGAACUUGUGGCCAACAUGACUUGUAAGAAGACAGACCAGAAGGUGAAACCUUUCCUGAAAGCCCACCUGCCCAAACGCUUCCACUACGCCAAUAGCCGACGCAUCGAGGACGUCGUCGUGCUUGUUGAGCCCAAAUGGUUGUUUGCAAGGUACAAAGGAUCUCUGACUUACUGCGAAGGUGGAACUCACGGUUACGAUAAUGACGUGACCAGCAUGCAGGCCAUGUUUGUGAGCUAUGGGCCCAAGUUCCUGUACAAGACUCAAGUGGAGCCAUUCUCCAAUGUGGAAGUGUACAAUCUCAUGUGUGAUCUGCUGGAAGUAACACCAGCGCCCAACAACGGCACCCAUGGCAGUCUCAACCACCUCCUGAGGAAGCCUAGACAUGAGCCAACUUUCCCUGCUGAGCAGACAGCACCUCUGCAGUGCCCGCUCCUGUCCCUGAACUCCACAGAUGAUCUUGACUGCUCCUGCCCCGACAAGGACAUAAUUGCGUUGAAUUCCCGCUUGAAUCUGACAUUGGAAGAAGUGUCAGCCAGCGAGAAGAAACACAUGCCUUUCGGAAGGCCCAGGCUGUUACAAGCGGGUGGAAAGUACUGCCUUCUCCACCAGCAGGGCUUUAUCAGCGCCUACAGCUUACAGUCCUUCAUGCCUCUUUGGAGCUCUUUCACCCUGAGCAGACCUGAGAAUUUGGAUCCUUUGCCCGAAGUUCAGAACAACUGCUUGAGAGCUGACGUUCGAAUUCCAGCUGGCGGCAGCCCUCGCUGCGAACACUAUAGCGAUGACAGGAACAUCACUGCAGCUUUCUUAUAUCCUCCCAACCUUAACAGUACGGAGGAGGAGCAGUACGACGCUCUGCUGAUGAGCAACGUGGUGCCCAUGUACCCAGAGUUCAAGAAAAUCUGGGUUUACUUCCAAAAUGUACUGCUAAAGAAAUACGCCAUGCAGUACAACAGCACCAAUGCGGUGUUGGGACCAGCCUUUGAUUACAACUACGACGGACGGUGUGACACCCCAGACCAGAUUCAAGAGUUUCUUCCUGGAACCCGCAUACCGAUCCCCACUCACUACUUCAUGGUCCUCACCAGCUGUAAGGACCCAACACAGAUGGUGGACAGCUGUCAGCAGGAGAUGCACACCGUGUCCUUUCUGAUUCCCCACCGGGCAGCAGUGUCAGAGUGGUGUAAUAGCCACGAAGCACCAUCUCAGUGGGUCGAGGACUUACUUUGGUUUCACCAGUCAAGAGUGAGAGACGUGGAGCUCAUCACGGGUUUGGAUUUCUACCAAGACAGCCUCAGACCAGUCCCGGAACUCUUCAAGCUGAAAGCUCGCCCAACGGCUGCGAUCACCAGAACCAACUGAACGCGCUGUACAUAUGUAUUACCGUGCUUGUAUGUUUCUCACAGGUUGCACAAAUGAUGAGCUUCUCACGUUCAUUGCCAAGAAGUCUCUUUACACCAAUAAUGGUUUUGGUGACUAGUAAAUUUGAAGAGGAAGCAUUUGAAGAGUUUUUAAACAUAUGAAUACAGAAUGAAAUUCUUUAUUUGAAC